AGCUCUUCUGUAUCUCCCUCAGCCAGUUUCAGAACAGCAGAAAAGCACAGAAAUUCAACAGAUUAUUCUACAGAUAGUAAAAAACAGAAAACAGAAGAGAAGGAAAUAGCCGCUCGUUACGACAGUGAUGGUGAAAAGAGCGAUGACAACUUGGUAGUUGAUGUUUCCAAUGAGGAUCCUUCCUCUCCGCGGGGGAGCCCAGCACACUCUCCACGGGAGAAUGGCUUGGACAAGACUCGACUGCUGAAGAAAGAUGCACCAAUUAGUCCAGCGUCCAUUGCGUCCUCCAGCAGUACUCCUUCCUCCAAAUCCAAAGAACUUAGCCUUAAUGAGAAGUCUACUACUCCUGUGUCUAAAUCAAACACCCCAACUCCACGGACUGAUGCCCCAACUCCAGGCAGCAACUCUACUCCUGGACUAAGGCCAGUACCUGGCAAGCCCCCAGGUGUGGACCCACUAGCUUCAGGUUUAAGGACACCUAUGGCAGUGCCAUGUCCUUAUCCUACUCCAUUUGGGAUUGUGCCCCAUGCUGGUAUGAAUGGGGAGCUGACCAGCCCUGGAGCUGCCUAUGCCGGUCUACACAAUAUUUCCCCUCAAAUGAGUGCAGCAGCUGCAGCAGCAGCAGCAGCAGCAGCUUAUGGGAGAUCUCCAGUGGUUGGUUUUGAUCCACAUCAUCACAUGCGAGUCCCAGGCAUCCCUCCCAAUCUCACAGGCAUCCCAGGAGGAAAACCACGAAUAGCAGCCAACAAGGACUGGAUGAUACAGAGUAAAGGGGACAGAAAUAGAUGGAAAAAGGAGCUGAACUUUGAGGUGUUACAUGCUGAAUCUGACUG